GAGACACGUCCAAUCCCACCAAACAGCAGCGAUGGACAGCAAGAACCCGUACACCAUGGCCAAGCUGGGCCUGGACUCCCGAGACCCCCCGGAGAAGCCCGAGCGGGACUGCGGCUUCUACGCCAAGUACUUCUUCCUCUUCCUCUCGCUGAUCCAGUUCCUCAUCAUCCUGGGCCUGGUGCUCUUCAUGGUCUACGGCAGCCCCCAGGCCGGCAACGAGAAGCAGCUCCAGGGCCUGAGCAGUCUCCUCCAGCGGGCAGAAGCCAAGGCCGACGGGCUGGGCAAGGAGGUGGCCGAGCUCAAGCGCCGGCUCAACGCCAGCCAGACCGAGACCGCCCUGGUCCGGAAGCAGGCCGCCAUGCUUAACGGGACCCUCCGAGGCUGCGUCAGCGAGAAGACCAAACUGGCGGAGCAGCAGAGAAGCUCCAUGAUGUUCUUCCAAGGCUGGCAGGAAUGCUCCUACAACCUGCUCAUUCUGAACAACACGUGCCCUGCCAAAGUGGCCUCUCUGGAGGACCAGCUGAAGAUGCUGCGGCUCCAGACCCAAGUGGACCAGGAUGCUGCCGCUGCAGAGAUCCAUCGCCUGCAGGACAAGGCCAACCGAGCCGAGCAGGAGGCCAAGGACUGCCGGGUGGCGAAGCUGCAGGUCCAGACCCGGGAGGAGAAGUACCGGGCGCUGGAGUCCAAGGUGGUGGCCGAGCUGCGGCCGGUCCAGCAGAGCCUGGAGGAGGCCGUGCGCCGGGCCUUCCUCCCGGAUCAGUUCCGGAGCUGCUACCAGUUGGCGGACGUCUGCGCGGGCCUGUCCGGCAGCCUCCAGGGCCACCUGACCGCCUUGUCCAGGCAGGUGGAGCAGAAGGUGGCCGAGGUGGCGGCCCAGAACGGGCGCCUGGAGGGCGAGAAAGCGGACUGCGGGCACCGGCUCCAGGACAAGGAGCGCCAAGCGGCGGCCCAGCGCGAGCAAGCCGAGCGGGAGAAGCAGGCCCUGCGCGAGGCCCACACCCAGGCUGCCCAGAAGGCCGAGGCCGAGCGCAGCCGGGUGGCCAAGGAGAAGGAGGAGCUCCAGGCGCAGCUCGAGCACAGCAAGCAGGCCUGCCUACGCUCCAGGCCCUCUCUGAUGAACCCGGGCCUCGGACCAGGGAGGUUUCCCCCCUCAUCCGGCAACACCAACCCUUUUGGCAGCUUCCCAGGGGGCUCUCCUCCGAACCUGAACCCGGGGGGCGCCCCCAUGGUGCCCAACACCUUUGGCCACCCGCCUCCGUGGCCGCGGCCUGGACAGCCCAGCUCCGGAUCCCAGGGGUCUCCGAACCUUCCUGAGCGGCCCAAGAUGUUGACCCCGGACACGGCGGCCAGGAUGCCCAACCCACCCCCGGUUGGCCACCCCAGGUAAGGUCCAGAUCCCUCC